AUGGUUCUCAAUAGGGCAGCCUCCUUCAUCUACAAUUUCUUCAGUCCGCUUUUAGGACAGACAAGUUUUAAGGCAGCCCCAUGUUGCUAUGAGGUGAUUGAAUCAGAGGGUGGGAAGAUAGUUGAGGAGGAGGUUUGUUGUGUGUGUUUGUCAAGAUUGGUGGAGGUGGUUCGACGCAUGCCGGACGACCUGCCCGCUGUGCCGGUUUCCGGUGGGAGGGAACAAGUCUCAGGUGGUGGAGUUGCUGACUGA